AUGGAUAAUUCACUUACGGGGGACCUACGACUUCUUCUAUACAUCCUCGCCACCAUCAUCUCGACCUUCUGUCUGACCAUCGCAUACUACUCCUACUUUGCCAUUGCCCUCCUUCCGCUUAUGCUAGCGUUCGCAGUCACCGCAUCGUACUAUCGAGAACUUGCACGAGAGAUCAAACGCCACGAGGCAAUUCUUUGUAGCCACGUCUUUGCACAUUUUGGCGAAACGAUAUCCGGAAUCCUCACAAUCCGUGCGUACAACGUGCAGUCAAGAUUCCUCGCCACCAUUUCCGCUUCUCUCGACUCAAUGGACGGCGCAUACUUCUUGACUUUCGCCGGUCAGCGCUGGCUUUCGACUCGUCUAGACAUAGUCGGAGUGCUUCUGGUCUUCAUUGUCGGCAUUCUCAUCGUCACAUCGCGAUUCAGCCUCGAUCCAAGCGUCUGCGGCGUCGUUCUGUUAUACAUGUUGUCGACAGUCCAGCUGAUGCAGGACGUCGUUCACAGCUUGGCCGAUGUGGAGAACGAAAUGAACUCGGUGGAGAGACUACAUCAAUACGGCCAUGAUCUGGGGCAAGAGAAAACUACAGCGAUGGAGAAGAGCGAUGUUCGACCAACUUGGCCAGGGAAGGGAUACAUCCGGUUUGAAGAAGUUCAGAUGCGAUAUCGGGAGGGCUUCCCACUCGCGCUCAAAGGCCUGACCGUCCAUAUCAAGAGUGGCCAGCAUAUUGGUAUCGCUGGACGCACUGGCGCUGGGAAGUCCAGCAUCGUUAGCUCGAUGUUCAGACUGGUUGAACUGUCCCAAGGCAUCAUAUCCAUAGGUGGCAUCGACAUCGCAGGCGUGCCUCUGCAUGAUCUACGAUCGAGGCUGUCUAUAAUACCUCAAGAUCCGACGCUCUUCCGGGGCACAAUCUGCAGCAAUCUGAAUCCGUUUGACGAGUACGAAGACAUUAAACUGUGGCAAGAAUUGCGGCAAGCCAACUUCAUCACCGACAAAGAUGUAUUGGCCUCCACGGGUUCCCAGGAGCCUGCUAAGGUCAACCUCGACUUACCAGUGGAAGAUGAGGGAUCGAACUUUUCCUUGGGUCAGAGACAGUUGUUGGCACUGGCUCGAGUUCUGCUGAAGGAUUUGCAAGUCAUCAUGUUUGACGAAGCAACUAGCUUCGUCGACUUCGAGACCGACAAGAAGCUGCAGCAGAUCAUAUACCAGGCGUUUGAUGGCAAGACUCUGCUUUGCAUCGCACACAGAUUCAAGACGAUCAUUGGCUACGACUGUACACUGGUGAUGGACGAUGGCAUGGUUGCAGAGUACGACAGUCCAUUUCUUCUCUUCGACAAAGGUGGCCUCUUUCGUGGCAUGUGCGAUCGAGGUGGUACCAUGAGAGAGCAUAUCGUCUCGCGAAGCGUAGAUCAAGGUGGCCUGGCAUGA